CCGGAUGUCAGUGGAGGCAUCACGGUCACAGUGGAGUCACCAGUUUCGUUGUUUGGCCUGGCACGUUGCGGUCGUUUCUCGUCAGCACUAAUUACUUGUCACCUCACUGCACCGGACAUCAGGCCACACCAACCUCCAAACUUUUGCUGAAACGUUCCGGCUUAUCGCAUCAGGAAGUUGGAGCUAAGUAUUGUAAAAUGUUCAAGGACUCGUGGGCGCUGGAGGCAGACAUCCAGGAGGCCAACUCCUCGUGCGUGCAGUUUGAGCCCACAACGAAGAUGGGCCGAACUAAUCGCUCAUGGAUCACCAAAGAUGUCAAUGGAAACCUCAAGACGGACAUGAGCGGACAACGUGGAAAGUGGGAAGGAGAUAAAGUGGACCCAGCUGAGGCGUCCUUACUGAACAAAUUUAUCCGCCGGGCUCUUGUGAGCAGUAGACAUGAGGUGGAGGUCCUGCAGCGAGACCCCACCUCCCCGCUGUUCUCCGUCAAGACCUUCGAGGAGCUGCGCCUGAAACCAGAGCUGUUGAAGGGGGUCUAUAACAUGGGCUUCAACAGGCCUUCCAUGAUCCAGGAGAAGGCUCUACCUAUGAUGCUGGCACAGCCACCUCAGAAUCUGAUUGCCCAGUCACAGUCAGGCACAGGUAAAACUGCCGCCUUUUCUCUGGCCAUGCUCAGCCACGUGAACCCCGCCCACAAGUGGACUCAGACUCUUUGUAUCGCGCCUACAUACGAGCUUGCCCUCCAGAUCGGUCAAGUGAUAGAGCAGAUGGGAAAAUUCUGCCCUGACAUCAAACUGGCGUACGGCAUCAGAGGCAGCAAAGUGGAGCGAGGCAGGCUGUUACAGGAGCACAUCGUUGUGGGAACACCGGGCACCAUCCUGGACUGGUGCAACAAGUUUAAAGUCAUCGAAGCCAAAAAAAUAACCAUGUUUGUGCUGGAUGAGGCUGACGUCAUGAUCGCAACUCAAGGUCAUCGUGACCAGAGCAUCCGCAUCCACAGGCAGCUCACAAAAGACUGCCAGAUGCUCUUCUUCUCUGCAACCUUUGAGGAAGCGGUGUGGAGAUUUGCGAAGAUGAUAGUUCCCGAGCCCAACAUCAUCCGACUGCGACGCGAGGAGGAGACUCUGGACACCAUAAAGCAGUUCUAUGUCCUCUGCAAGAGCAAGGAGGACAAGUUCUCAAUUCUGUGUAACCUCUACGGGAGUAUGACUGUGGCACAGGCCAUGAUUUUCUGCCAUACCCGUGAGAUGGCAUCUUGGCUCUCUGCUAAUCUGACCAAGGAAGGCCACAGUGUGGCGCUGCUGAGUGGGGAAUUAACUGUGAUGCAGAGAGCGAGCAUCAUUGAACGCUUUCGAGAUGGCAAGGAGAAGGUCCUUGUCACCACAAACGUUUGUUCCAGGGGCAUCGAUGUGGAACAAGUGUCUCUGGUGGUCAACUUUGACCUCCCUGUGGACAUGGGUGGCAACGCCGAUAACGACACGUACCUUCACCGGAUUGGCCGCACGGGACGUUUUGGAAGGCGCGGCUUCGCCAUCAAUAUGGUGGACAGCGAGUACGGCAUGGAUGUCAUUCGACAAAUCGAGAUGCAUUUUGACAGGCGAAUCCCAAAACUUGACACAUUGAAUGUUGAAGAAAUUGAAAAACAGCUCAGCUAAACACUCAGCUGCUGCUGCUAAACCCCCACAGACUGUUGUGCCUUCCACAGGUUAAUUGUUUACAAAGUGUUGACUAUGCAGAAAGAUUUGUUUGAGAUGCACUUUUGAUUUAUUCCUAGAAGCAGAGUGCUACACGAGCUGUUCAAACCCAGCGUCCUUGAUUUUGUUCUGCUUUGUUUGCAGUGUUGUUUCCUUUACUUUGUGUUUGUUUGCACAUUUGCAUGGCAUUUGAAUAUUCUAGUGUAGUGAAAAAUAUAUUUUGGUA